UCGUUCAGUCAUUCAGUUCAGAGUGAUUCAGUGUGUUUUGAGACGUCGAUGUAGAGUGGCUUUUUAUGCCAUAACCUCGUAUACGUAUACAUGUACAUUACAUAUAAUAAUAAUAAUUACAUGAUACUCUGAGAACAAAGCUCUCUUAGGAAAGAAGAGCAAUCGAUUUAAAUAAAAAAUGAGUCGCGUAGAUUUAAAAGUCGUAUUACUGGGUAAUGCGAUGGUGGGAAAGACAAGUCUCAUGGAAAGAUAUGUACACGAUUCGUUUAACGGCAAUCGGCCUUAUCAGAAUACAAUAGGCACUGUGUUUGCAGCGAAGCGAGUACAAGUGAACGAUGUGACACUUAUUAUGGGAAUAUGGGAUACUGCAGGCAGUGAGAAGUACGACGCAAUGACUAGAACAUAUUAUCGUGGUGCCAAGGCUGCCAUAGUGUGUUAUGAUAUUACAAAAUCGAAUACGUUCCAAAGAGCGAAGCACUGGGUGAGAGAACUUAGAAGCAUUGAAGAGAAUUGUAAAGUAUAUCUUUGCGCCACCAAAAAGGAUUUGUGCGAUGAAGGUUUCGCGUCAGACGAUCCAGAUAUACAAAAUAUGGUAGAGAGAUACGCAAGUGGUACACAGACCAAACUUUUCGUAACAUCUAGUAAAACAGGAGAGAAUGUAGUCGAAUUAUUCGAUGAAAUUAUACAAGAUUUUGUAUCUAAUCCAGAAAAUUUGCAAAAGGUAGAAGAAGCAAUUGUUCUAAGCAAAAAAACAGGGGAAAGGUAUUGUUGUGCGACCUAACAUAAUCAGUAUUUAUACUCAUUGUAUUCUUUUAUGCUUUUUUAUACACUAGAUAAUUUAUCUCCAAUGAAAAGCUGAUGAGAAACAGGCCGUAACGAUAAAACUGGAUCUUGGGUGCUUCAAUAUAAUUGUGUAUAAAUUUAUAUACUUGCGUUACAAGUCUGAAAAAAAGCGCGCAAUUAAAAUUCUAAAUACGUAGUAUUAUACAUAAAUUCACACGCAAUUAUAUAGAAGCACUCAAGAUUCAACUUGACCGUUAUCGCCUGUUUUUCAUUGGUUUUUCAUUGGUUUUAAUUCUCA